GGGAGCUGGGCCGCGCUGGGCUCCGGUGGCGCCUCCGGUUCCCUCCUGCUCGGCCCUCCCGGGCCGCAGCGCCCCUCGCUAGGCAGGGAAAGACGAGAAGAAAGAGUGUGGCUCACCGCGCCUGGAAUGUCGCAGUCUGCCAUGUCCGAGACUUACGAUUUCCUGUUUAAGUUCUUGGUCAUAGGAAAUGCUGGAACUGGAAAGUCCUGUUUACUACACCAAUUUAUUGAAAAGAAAUUCAAAGAUGACUCAAAUCAUACUAUAGGAGUGGAAUUUGGUUCAAAGAUCAUAAACGUUGGUGGUAAAUAUGUAAAAUUGCAGAUCUGGGAUACAGCAGGACAAGAGAGAUUCAGGUCUGUAACAAGGAGUUACUAUAGAGGAGCUGCAGGUGCUUUGCUCGUCUAUGACAUAACCAGCCGGGAAACCUACAAUGCGCUUACCAAUUGGCUGACGGAUGCAAGAAUGUUAGCAAGCCAAAAUAUUGUGAUAAUACUCUGUGGAAACAAAAAGGAUCUUGAUGCAGAUCGUGAAGUUACUUUUUUAGAAGCAUCCCGGUUUGCACAAGAAAAUGAGCUGAUGUUCUUGGAAACGAGCGCACUAACAGGUGAAAAUGUUGAAGAAGCCUUUGUACAGUGUGCAAGAAAAAUACUCAAUAAAAUUGAAUCAGGAGAACUGGAUCCAGAAAGGAUGGGUUCAGGUAUUCAGUAUGGAGAUGCUGCCUUGAGACAGUUGAGAUCACCACGCAGAGCGCAAGCACAAAGUGCUCAAGAAUGUGGAUGUUAAAGAAGCAAAACACAAAAUCCCAAAUACUUACUUCAGAUAAAGAAGCUGUCCUUACCAGUGGCAUUUGAAGAAACAGAAAAGCUUGAAGACUAUGCGUUUUUAAAAUACAUCUUUCCACUCUCUACAAACCGAGGAGACCGCUGCUGACAGAAAGGUGUACUGCACCGUGUGGGGCAGGAGUGUUCACUUGACACAGAACUCUGCAACGUGAACUCGGUGAUUCGAUGGACAAUAUUAAGACUCAUACCUGUAUGUAAACAUUUACCUGUUUUUGUUUUCACUUCUAGUUUAAAGCAUUGCUAUAUACUGUAAAUAACAGACCAGUCAACCUGCAAAGCAUGGUAUACAGCUGUAUGCUGAUAGAAUGUUGCACUACAAGCAGUUGAAUAUUUUAUUUUUUUAUCAUAUAAACAAAUUUAACUGAGGUAGGCUUUGUCAGGGUUGUUUUCUGUUGCACAAUAGUUUAUAUGUAUAUAUAAAAUAUCCUGAAUGAUAGAACUGCUGGCACUGGCAGUGAGGGGUUGUUUUUUUCCUAGCUUUGCCAUACUCGAACAAGCAGCAUAUGGUUAGGACCCACACUUAACACUUUGCAAUGUGUCAAGUUGGAAAAAUAAGUUUUUAUUGACAUUCAGAUAACCUGAUUUCUCAAGUUCUUAAGUAACUUCUGAAGCUGUUAUAUCAAAAUUUCAAAGGGGGAAAAAAAACCCCAACUUUUAAAAGUCUCAAAUGGCUGUUGACUGACAUAGAUUUUUGUCUCGGUCCUGAUGUUUUGUAUUACACUGGCAUAGUGAAGGUGGAAAGGAUGUGGGAACAGAGCUGUGCAUCUUCUGAUUCUGAAUUCUAGGGCAGGGGCUUCAGCUUUAUGAAGAACUAGCACAGCAGUUCUCCUAAUCUCUUAUCACAGAGCAAUCAACUGUGGAGAUAGUCUCUAUUUAAACAUGCCUGGUGAGGUACAAACUGGACCCAAAUGGGUGGCUCUAGAGUGUCCAGAAUGAUGACUUUUAAAAUCAGACUUUAAAAAUUGGGCACUUAGUGUGUAUUUCUGGAGCUCUACCCUUUGAACUAUGUGUAAAGCUGUCCAUAAUGCCUCCAGGAAACUUGUGUGAUGGAAAUAAAAAUGCCAAGCAUACUACUUAUAUAGUUCUUUCUUCCUGUGAAACUCUUCAAAGGCAUUUUCAUCCUUGGUAUUAGUUUUGUUUUUCUACAUUAAAGCCUAAAAUUCAGAGUUUCUUUCCUGCUCUCAAGUGUGAGAGCUCUGGGGCAAGAGAUUAGGAAUUCUCUCCUUAUUCCUCAUCUGGAGACAGAAGAGGAAGAGCUUUGUAGGGGGUCCAAGAGAGAGGGUCAAGCUACAGUGUAUUGAGUGUCACUUUUACAGUGCCAAGACAACUGAUAAAGUAAGAGAUCUGUGGCUUUAGUUUUGCUAAAUAAGGAGCUGCAAACCUGUUUCUGGAGGUAGUUGAAUUCAACUGAUUCAAUUCAGGGAGGAAAUUUCACUUGCACGGAUAGAAAUCUCUAGCAAUAUUUUUACUUUGUAAAGCUAGAAAGGGGAUGUCUCCUUGGAAGUUCUGUAUGUGAAUCCUCUCUAUUAAAGGGUUGCUUAUCAAAUGCACAUCUGAAAGCUACAGCAUCACUUCAGUUUACUGGUUUAAUGUAGAGCACAAGAGCAAAGCAAGAGACCAUUUUUCAUGGAAGUAGAAUAGUGUUUAAAAUUACACCCUUUGUCCUGGCAUUUUUGGUUCAAAGGAACAUUUAUCUGAAAACUAUAGACCUUAGGUCAUCUCUGAAUUAGAAGAAAUUAUAUUUGCUUUGUACUUAAAAAGCCUGUAGGGUCCAAAGGCAUAUGUUAUCACAAUGUCAGGGGAUGGAAGGGACCUCAGAAGAUCACCAGUCUAACCCCCCCUGCCAGAGCAGGAUCACUUAGAGCAGAUCACACAGGAAUGCAUCUAAGUGGGUUUUGAAUAUCUCCAGAGAAGGAGAUGCCACAACUCCCUGGGCAGCCUGUUCCAGUGUUCUGUCACCCUCACAGUGAAAAAAUUCCUCAUGUUUGCAUGCAACUUCCUAUGCCUCAACUUCCAUUGCCCCUUGUCCUGUCAUUGAAUAUCACUAAGAGCCUGGCUCCAUCCUCUUGGCACUCACCUUUUACAUACUAGUAUUUAUAAAUGAGGUCACCCCUCAAUCUCCUCCAAGCUAAAGAGUGCCCCUCUGCUCCCUACCACAAUCUAAUCAGAUUUCUCAAUACAGACAAUAGUGAAAGCCAAGCACAUACUUAACAGCUAAGACAUAGCACAAGUAAAGCUGGAGGCCUCUCUCCUGUCGCUGUUGCAAUAGCUGAGGUGGUGUUGGCUUUUGAUCACAACUUCUGUUACUACAAUAGCAGCUGAAAGGAGUAAGGGACCAUUUACUCAAUUCCAUGGCUUUUAAAUAGCAAUGUUAGGGGCUUGAUAGGGAUUUUCUUAGACUUCUUGUUCCAUUACAUACAAAGCUGGCCUCUUUCAUAUGGACUUGGUUCUUAUAAUCACUUUUGUCAAGUAUCUGUGGUUCAGAAGUAAGCACAAUUUUAGUCUUUCUGUAACCAACUGUCUUAAGCUGUCCCCUUCCACUUUGGAAGGAAAGAAUAGUGUCAUUAUCAGGAGUUUUGGCAUAUUAUAAUGAGUUUCGGCAUGUUUUUACCCUUUUUUUAAUGUAUACUCUUACUGUAUACACAUUAACCAGGUUAAUGUGCAUGAGUGGUAGUACUGCAACCUUUUUAUGCUGCAUAUCUCACAUUUAAAAACCAAAUCAUCUACAGUAGGAACUGUUGGAAGCAAUAGCUUGUACCAGUACAAGUGAUAAUUUACCAUUUCUCUUCUGAGGUUAUUUUUUUUCCUUCUCUAAAAAUAAACAUGCUAAUAACAGCCCUGAAGUAGAUGUUAAGCUUCAGCAUUAUACUUCACACAGCAAGCUGAACCUAGCUCAAAGUGAUCUAUAGGUUAAAUUAUAUAUUUUUAGUGUAGAAUUCUUACAAUGCCAAAGCAAAGGUGGCUUGGAAUUUUACAUGACAUACCAGAUGCCUACAUCCUAGGAUUUAUUUGAUGAGGAACAUUAACUGUUGAGAUCUUUAAGCCUGUCAUGCCUUUUAAUGAGCCUGUUGGCCUGCACCAUUUCAUUUAAUGCUUGUGCCUAGCACCAAAUAAAGAACCUUUCCUGAUUUUCUAGGUGUCUUACAGCAAAUUCUCUUGUACAAGUUUUGCCCACUAAGUGAAAUCUGUAACAUGACAAUCCCUAGGUGAUCUUGGAAAAAAGUAAAACACGCCUCUGCUGAAUUCACCACAGAGUCAGUGUGUGGGUGGGAAAGCAGCAGCAGCUACAGAAGCUGGAGUGCCUAAGUGUAUUUCCUGGGAGCAUGCUGUGGUAGGCAAGGGCCCAACGCUGCUGCCCUGUUAGAGGGGAACAAGACAUCAAGUCCCUUCUGUGUGGCUCGUGGUUGCAAAAGUACACUUAGCUUGUGUGUGUGUGUCUCUGCACUAACCACCAGGGAUGAAUGGAUCUGCCUCAAUCUCUUGGAGAACAUGCCUUCAGAAGUUAACAUCUUUUAAGCAGAAGGGGAAGGAUGUUACAUCAGACAAUUAGGCAACUCAGAAUUCACAGUUAUCCAUUCUUUGUUACCUUACAGCUCAAUUACACAGUCCUUGUAAGUAAUUUUAAGAAAUGAAUGCUAUUAAAAAACUGAUUACUCUCUACAA